AUGCAGACGUACAUCAGUCUCCCACAGAAAUAUUUAGCUGAUUUUGCUGAAAAUUAUGACCUGGACCAUGGGUUGGUUGUAAGAGAUCUGAACUCGUAUGUGAUUGACGGUUAUUCGAGCUUACUUUAGUAAGAAUGGGGCACCGUCACAUCGUGUAAGGUUAAGAGAAGCCCCAUCUCGGGGGAAGAUAAGGCAGUGGCCUAUGUGAGGUUUGCUACUAAAGAUGAAGCAGACAGGGCAGAAUGGGCUGGUCCUCACUACAUUGGAGGCAUUGUGGAAGUGACACGAGUUGUGAGUCCAAAGAUAGAGGAGGAUUCAGAUGAGGAGGUCGCUGCAGCCUCUAGUUUGCCUCGAACUCAGCGUUCACUCGGGUUGGGCUACAUACUGGAGGAUGCUCAGUGGUUAGAUAAAAACCAAGAUGAUGAAUUAAAAAAAUACUGUCUAACUUUUUCUCUACAUCUAAAAUCAUAA